CUACCCAGAUGCCAACAGAUGAAUUGCCAGUACAAAUGUGCCAUUACCAGGAAUGGCACCAAGUGUUACUGUGGAAAUGGCUAUGAAACAAGCAGUGAUGGAAGAAGCUGCACAGAUUUGAAUGAGUGUAAUACAUAUGGAAGCUGCAGCCAGAUGUGUAUAAAUACGGAUGGAUCAUACACCUGUAGCUGUGUAGAGGGUUAUGUUCUUCAGCCUGAUAACAAAUCUUGCAAGGCCAAAAAUGAGCCUGCUGAUAGACCUCCUCUUCUUCUGAUUGCGAACUCUGAAACAAUAGAGGUAUUACAUCUUAAUGGAAGCAAAGUGUCUGCCAGAACUCCUGUAAAAGGAUCUUCAAUUUUGACACUAGAUUAUAGCUACAGAGAGGACACUAUUUGUUGGAUUGAAUCAAGGGAUCUUGCAAGUCAGCUGAAAUGUACAAAGAUAACAAAAGCUGGGAAGUUAACAGACGAGUGGAUAAUAAAUGUUGUGCAGUAUCUUCACAGUAAGUAUUAGACAGUCAUUUAGCAAAACAGUCAUCUUCAUCUUUGUGAACAGCUGCAGGAGAUCUCAGAAAUAUUUGAGGCUUGCUGCUGAAGACAGUCUUAAAGCAUUAA